GUGCUCUUUUGAACUACCCAAUCACGGGACAUCCUUGACACCCUUUGUAUUCUUCAUUUCUCCACCCCAGCAGGAUGCAGCAGCCAUUACUAGGAGGAAAAGAUAAAUGAAAGGAUAAAGAGAAGCACAGAUGCAAUUUGUACUCUUUCUCUAUGACUCUUCUGUACCUUCACAUGAAUGGAUAAUAUAUGGAAUCCACUCACUGUUUUGGUUCUUCUUCUAAAGACCAAAUAUUCUAAAUAGAGGUAGAAGAAGCAGCUACUUGGAGACAUGGUGUGUCCCUUUCCCUACAUAGCAGGUCUCGUUAGAUCCUUCUCUUAAUUUACUACCUCACCUAAUUAUUUUCAGAAACCUUGCUGCUAAUACUUUGUGCCUUUGGGUGGUCAUCUUAUUCGGCCACUUCUUUAAAAGCUUAUAUCCUUCUUCUUCAACACCAUCCAUGUCGUUACUAACCUCGAAUGGCUGAAACUUUAUAGGAUCCCAGAAAUUUAGACUCAGCAACGAGUUCUCAACGUUUUAGUAUGUGAUAUCCCAAAGGAUAUUGCUUUAUAUGCUUCUGGGCAUCAAAGAUUCCCCUCCACCACGAGUUUUCUUUAGAUUCUUCUCUGAACUAUGGUCCAUCUCCAUCCUCCUUCUAUGACAACGGUCUCAGAAUCUUAGAAUACUGAACCUUAUAUCUUCCUCCCCUCUGUGGCAAGUUUUCUCCAGAUACUUCGAUUUCCCUUCUCUCCCGUUCAGCAAAACGCCAUGUCUUUCAAGCCUCCUUCAAUCAACUUUGUUUAUCUCCUCCGUCAUGUUCCUAGAAGGAUGCAGUUGCAAUCCUUCAAUUGCCUCAGCCUCAGCUUCUUUUUCAGCUAGUUCUUGAUAACCCGGUUCUCCUCGCUGGAUUCUUCUGUUUCAUAAAUGGCUUCUUGUUUCCGGGCCUUGAGUCUGGGAAAGAAGAACAGAGACAAUUCAGUCUCAUUACCUCAUCCUCCUUCCCUGCCUGGUUCUUCUUUUCCUUCUUCCUCUCAGCUGCACAAGAUGAACCACAUGGCUACCGAGAUGGAGGUCAUGGAGAAGAAAAGAUGGGACAGCUUGGAGUCGUGGUCGAUGCUAUUGGAUCCCGGCACCGAGAGUGCAGAGGGAAGUGGUGGAGGAGAACAAGAGGAGUGGAUGGCAGAUCUUUCUCAGCUCUUCAUUGGAAAUAAGUUUGCUUCAGGGUCGCAUAGUCGGAUAUACCGAGGAAUUUAUAAGCAGCGGGCAGUCGCGGUGAAGAUGGUGAGGAUCCCAGAGCAGGACGGGGAGAGAAGGGCAAUGCUUGAGAAACAGUUCAAUUCUGAAGUUGCCUUCCUUUCCCGCCUUUAUCAUCCCAACAUAGUGCAGUUUAUAGCAGCCUCCAAAAAGCCUCCUGUAUACUGUAUAAUUACAGAAUAUAUGUCUCAAGGAACUCUGAGGAUGUAUCUUCACAAGAAACAGCCAUAUUCUCUGUCAACUGAGACAAUUUUAAGGUUAGCCCUUGAUAUUUCUCGAGGAAUGCAAUACCUUCAUUCACAAGGUGUGAUUCACAGAGACCUGAAAUCUCAUAAUUUGCUACUUAAUGAUGAAAUGCGAGUUAAGGUUGCUGACUUUGGAACCUCAUGCUUGGAAACUCAGUGCCGAGCAUCCAAAGGUAAUAUGGGAACUUACCGUUGGAUGGCUCCAGAAAUGGUCAAGGAAAAACCAUACACUAGAAAGGUUGAUGUGUACAGUUUUGGAAUCGUCUUGUGGGAAUUGACGACCGCUAUUGUUCCAUUUCAAGGAAUGACACCUGUGCAGGCUGCAUAUGCUGCUUCAGAGAAGAACAUGCGGCCACCUUUAUCGACUACUUGUUCACCUGUCCUCAACAAUCUCAUAAAGAGAUGCUGGUCUGCGAAUCCAGCGAAGCGACCAGAUUUCAGUUAUAUUGUUUCAGUGUUGGAGAAAUAUGAUGAAUGCAUUAGGGAAGGCCUUCCUAUCCUUGUGCAUCAAGAGCUGAGAAUAGGGAAUUCUCUUGUUGGGCUCUUCAAGGGCUGCAUCACAACAAGAUCAUCAACACCUGUGCCUGCUUGAACCUGGAGUAGCAUAUAAAAUGGUCAUCUUUCUCACAUGACAUCAGUAAUUUAUAAAGGUAAUGUCUUGUAUAUAUAUAUUUUUUGGUUUUCCUGGCCUAACUGAAUGUGGAGUGUUGUAAUAAUGACAUAACCAGGCACAUAGUAAUAGCGUUUAAUUUUUGCGAACGAGACAAUUACAUACAUUGUAUUAGUUCAUAAAGGCAAAUUAAUUUAUGCGGAUGUAAAAAAGACCUUACUAUA